ACAUAGCCGAAAUAAUAAAUGCAAAAUUCAAAGGAUCGGAAAAAUUAUUGAUUAAUUUUAAUUAAUAUAUUCAAAUAAUUUUAGAAAUGUACCAUUGAAAAAUCUACAAAACGCUUUCUCCCUUUACUGAUGCAUUCCGAGUAUCAUAUCCGUACUUUUUUACUGCUCGUCAAGUACAGUACACUCACUCGUCAGUAGUGACAAUAAUACAUACUCGUAUAACUGACGCUGCUGCUUAUAUGCUGCGACUUGAGUGAAAGAUUUUUACGAUUUCUUUCAACAAGACAAAAUAAUGAUGAAUUCAGAUUUACACUUCGUUUUUGUAAUUGGUUUUUCCUACUUCGGUGUUUUCUGUUUCGUGCUUUUGCAGUCAUUUUAUUUCUACAUUUGAUUAGACGGGAUUGCGCCUUUUCUGGCCUUGCAAGGACAGCCUUGUGAUCUAACCGUAAGCCAUCGCAGAAAAUGACUGAGGAUCUCCGCAAGCACAUUCAGGAAACGAUCCGUUCGGUUCCUGGCGUUCGCGGUGUGGUGAUUGCAGACCGUGAUGGUGUGCCCAUUCUGCGCGUUCACGAUGAGACCGUGCCAGAAACCGUUAUGCGUCCUCCAUUCCUGUCCAGUGUAGGAUUCGCCACGGAUCAAGCAUCGCGGUUGGGAUACGGGAAGACCAAUUAUGUUAUCAGCAUCCAUGAGCGCCACCAGAUGGUGCAUUUUAAUCUCACUGGGAUUAUUCUGACAGUGAUCGCUGAUGUAGAGAGCAAUACAGGACUUCUUCUGACCCUGAGUAAUGAUUUGACGGAUGUGACGGAUUCGAUCAGAAAUGCAUUGCAGCUGACUAGUUGAAGUUUUGUGGUUCUAUGGUUGUUUCAACUUGUUUGGAAGAAUUGUCCACCCAUCUGACUGUGAUGAUUUUAUGCCGAUUUGCACACAUUCGUCAAGCUUAUAUUGCUGUAAUUCUUCGGACCCUUCUGUAUGUACUAAUUGCAAGUUGGGACGGUUUUGUGCAUUUCAAAUCACUUGUAAUUUAACCUUUAUAUUCUUCGUUACUGUUGUGGUUACUGUACGGUCCAUAAUCCAUUUGCAUGUAAGAUUUGUGUUCUUACAGUUAUUGCUAAUUAAUGUUAUGGUAAUGCUUGUGCACAAGUUGAGCUCACAGAGCUUAAUCCUAUGCUAUCAGUUACGAUAUCUAUAUAAAAACUGUAUUAAUUA